UUAUUAAAUGCACCUUGCAUCUCGCAUUGGUCUAUGGAUUUAUCGUGUGAAAUUGUUGAUGAUUAUGAUCAUUUAGAUAAUGAUAUUGAAUAUAUUUUGGAAAAUGUGCUUAGUGAAGAAGUCCAGAAAUGCAGAAAGGACAGUGAUGAAUGCACAAAACUGAAUGAAAUGUUUAAUACUCUUUUACUAAAUAAAUGUGAAUGUAGUGAAGGACUUCAAUGUUUAAAAUGUUUCCAUGGAGGUAAUUACAUAUUCGAUGAAGAUUUCCAAGAACUUGUACUUAACAAUUCUCCUAACAUACCACAUUUGAUAUACGAAUGCACCCAUUUAUGUACGUGCAAGCCUGAAAAAUGCCAAAACCGUUUAGUGCAAUGCGGACCCCGAAAGUUUUUAAAAAUAGUUGAUUCUGCAAAAUAUGGUUCAAGAGGAUUAAUAACUACUCGAGAUAUACCUAAAGGAGCAUUUAUUUGUGAAUAUGCUGGUGAAUUGUUAACAAUGCAGGAAGCUAAGAAGGUUUUAAGAAAUAAUGAAAUUGAACAUAAAAUGAAUUAUGUUUUAUUUUUAAAGGAAUCUUGUAUACAUUCAUCAGCAAACAGUAACAGCGAAAUAUUAACCAUAGUGAAUCCUUGUAAAAAAGGAAAUAUUGGACGUUACCUGAAUCAUAGUUGUGAACCAAAUUGUCAAAUAGUUAGUGUUCGUAUUGAUUGUCCAAUACCAAAAAUAGCCAUUUUCUCCUCUCGUUACAUCAAAACGGGCGAAGAAGUUUGUUUUAAUUAUAAUGAAGGUGUUAAUUGCAAUAGAACAAAAAGUGCAUCAGAAAUUAUCAAAAUUCCUUGUCUUUGCGGAUCUGAAAAUUGUGCAAAAUACUUACCAAAUUCGGAAUGUUUGUAAAAGCAAAAGUUCUUACGCUUUAAACACGCCAAUUAUUUUAUUUAUUUUUGUGUUAUAGUAAUACAAAGCCAUCUAGGCCAAAAAAAGUAUUACAAAGUAUCAAACAAGGCGUAUUAACAAGGUGAGUGCAUAAAAUCAGCUGUUUCUUAAUUCGCUGUGGUUUUAUGUACACUAUAUGUCAAACAUUGUUUAUGUUUACAUUUGUUAUUGUAAAUAACAUAGUAAUAUUUUAAUUCGCCUUGAUUUUGACAUUUAACGUACAUUUUAACAAAAACAAAUUGCCUGUUGUUUUUGCAUUGUUGUAUUUGUUGCCGAGACGCACUCACCUUGUUAAUACGCCUUGGUAUCAAAUAUUCUAAGUAAAGACCAAUAAAAUAACAAUAUCAGCCCAAUUAUGAAUAAAAAUUCCCUUUUCUCAUUUUUCCUAUUCAAAUUCAAUGGAAAAAAACUCCCGGGGGACAAACUCCCGCGGAAUUUUUUAUUCAUAAUUGGGCUGUAUAAGAAUAUUUAAAA